CUCUGUAGUUUUUCCACCUUGUCCUUUAUAGUCGCGCCCUCUAUUGGUCACUAUCAGCCGCAGCAGAAACUCCCGAUCUACGCUCUCCAGGUGCCUCACCGACAUUCUUUCACGUGGUUACUCACUGAGCUAAAUUAACCGGCUUGUAUCAAUGCCCCCUAAAAUGAAAGCAGCCCCUAAAAAGGGCAAAGUUAAGCGAGAAGCGGGCGCUGGCGUUAAGGGGCUGGGAGCGACCGGCGACAGCGACUCGGAGGGGGAGCUGGAGAGGAACUUCGCUUUGAUCGAAAGUCGGGACCCAGAAGGACGCCAGGAGACGGAAGGGAAGGCAGGAGACGAGCCUAGUGCAUCUGAAGGUUGCAGUGAGGAUGGGGACACGAGUGAGGACCAAGAGGUAGAUCCGGCAGAAAUGAGUGAGGAUGGCGAUAGCACCAGUGAAGAGUGUGACGGUGCGGCUGGAUCAAGGGAAACCGAAGAAGGCAUCAAAAAAGAAUUGUCAGCGAUGUCUUUUGAGGAGAUCAUGAAGCUGCAGAAUAAAGUGGGUACAAAGGUUUUCAAUGAAGUGGCUUAUGGGGCUAAAAAGAUGCUGGGCACAGAGAAGGGGAAAAAGCGUCUCAAUAAGAACAGACCCAUGGAAGUCUCAGCCAAGAAGCCCGUUCCUUUUCUGAGACAUGUGUUGCCUGUUAAGAAAAAGAUGCCGAGAGAUCCUCGGUUUGAUGACCUUUCUGGAGAGUACAAGCCGGAGAUUUUCGAGAAGACUUACAGCUUCAUUAAAACCCUGAAGCAGAAGGAGAAGGAGUUAGUUCAGAAGAAGAUUAAGCAAGUCAAGUCCAUGAAGAAGAAGGAACAGCUUGAUCACUUGUUGAAGAGAAUGGUGGACCAGGAGAGAGCCCAGAAGCAGAGGGAACUACAACGGGAGAAAGAGCUGGAGCACAAGAGGCAGCAGCGGGAGCUAGUGAAGGAAGGCCACCGGCCCUUCUUCCUCAAGAAAUCUGACAAGCGCAAACUGGAGCUGGCCGAGAAGUAUAGCGACCUGAAGAGGAGCGGGAAGCUGGAGAACUUCCUGAGCAAGAAGAGGAAGAGGAACGCUAUGAAGGACCGUAGGAAGAUGCCGCUGCAUCAGAAAGCUCAGUAAGCGCGCGAGCGGAGCCUGACUGAAACCAUAAACUGCCUGUGCAGAGAAAUGGGCCCGUGUAAGGGCUCUGGGUACUGAAAAAGGCUACAGACCUGUACAUACUGUACAUAAAAAUCAAAGGCCUUUGGUUACAGCCUUGAUUGUUGUACAAAUGCUCUGUUAUUACCUCAGUUCUUUUCUGUGAGUGUUACCACAAUUGUAACUAAUGAAAUUAGCAAAUGUCAAACUAUUUAAAAAAGAAAAAAAGGUUAGGGCAUUGUUGCUUCGUUCUUUGAGUUGUAGGAGCGAUCAAUGGUGCGUACUUAAAUAUUUUUAUAGGUAUUCUGAAAAAUGCUAUAAUAUGCUAUGGAAACCAAUAAACGCUCGAUUAUUAAGGUCUUUCUAUGUAAUAUGCAAAAUGAAAAGCUAUUAUGGGGAAAUAGGUGUUUUGUCUGGUAACUUUCAGUGCUGUUUUACAUUUGGUGGAGAUUGGAUGGCUUUUACAGCACAGAAAAUGUCAAAAUACUGAUAAUGCUGUCCUGCAGAAAACAACCUGAAGUAAGGCAUGUGUACACUGGACAUGGUAAUGGUAAUCUGGAUUAAAAUGCUUUAAAAUUA